GUGUGCAGAUUAUAAAUACAGCUAAUUGCUCGGAUCACCUACAAACUGCUUCUGUCUCGCACGUUUCCAUCAUCUGCUCUGCUGCUGCUUCAGGUCGAGAUCGGACACUCAGCAUGAGUCCCAAGCAUAUCGUCUUUAAGAAGGUGUCCCGUGACAAGUCGGUGACAGUCUACAUGGCCAAGAGGGACUUUGUGGAUCACUGUGACUUUGUGGAUCCAGUUGACGGUGUGAUUGUGAUCGACCCGGUGCAGCUCAAAGGGAAGAAAGUGUACGUGAUGCUGUCAUGCACGUUUCGGUAUGGCCGUCAAGACAUGGAUGUGAUGGGUGUGGCCUUCAGGAGGGACCUAUUUCUGGUGACCCGGCAGGUUUACCCCGAGCUGCAGGACAAAGAGAAGCUGACCCACACCAAGAUUCAGCAGAAGCUGCUGCAAAAACUUGGAAACAACGCCUUCCCCUUUUUCUUUGAGUUUCCAGACAACCUGCCCUGUUCCAUCGCUCUGCAGCCCGGACCAUCCGACGUGGGGAAGAAAUGUGCAGUGGAGUUUGAGGUGAGAGCUUUCUGUGGUGAGAACCAGGACGAGAAGAUUGACAAACAGAGCUCUGUCCGUCUCACCAUCCGUAAGAUCCAGUUCAGUCCAGAGAACAGCAAACUGGUUCCGAGUGCAGAGACCACCUUUGAGUUCCUGAUGUCUGAGAAACCCCUGCAUGUCAAACUGAGCCUGCCCAAAGAGACAUUUUACCACGGUGAGCCACUCAAAGCCAACGUUGAAAUCACCAACUCAUCCAGCAGGAACAUCAAAGACAUCAGCUUGUCAGUCGAUCAGGUGACCCACAUCAUUCUUUACUCCAAUGACAAGUACGUCAAAUCUGUGGCCAAAGAGGAGACCAGUGACUCUGUGCCUUCGGGUACCAGUCUGAAGAAGGAGUACACCCUGUACCCUCUGCUGGCUUACAACAAAGACCGCCGAGGACUCGCUCUGGAUGGACGGCUCAGAUAUGAAGACACCAGCCUGGCUUCAUCCAGCAUUGUGAAGCAGGAGGUGCUGAAAGAGGUUCAUGGGAUUCUGGUCUCCUAUAAGGUCGUGCUGAGGAUGGUUGCUUCAGGGACGGUGGGAUCCAGCGAGGUGUCCUCUGGAGGUCCCCUUCAGGCUCAUGCAUCCCAAACCUGAACCAGCUAAGGAGAGUGAAUCAGACGACAUGGUGUUUGAGGAAUUCAAACGUGCCUACCUGAAGGGUGUGGUCUACGGGGACGACGACGAGUCUCCCACCGACGCCUAAACCGCAAAGAAUGCCACCUCGGGCUGGACAGCGCUGUGGCCAUGCAGAGCUGAAGACAAACACAGCUUGGCUGUCCACCUGCUGAGAGUGGUUUCCUCAUUAUUUUAACGAUUCCAUGGUGUUUCCUGCAGCGCCACCCUCAGGGCAAACUAAGGCCAUGAGGGGACACUAACAGGAACUAAAAUCUCUGUCAGCCAGAAAUGACCUGUAGACUCAGCUGGUCUCCAGCACCUUCCUAAGGAAACCACAGAGUACUUCCUUUUUACUCGAGUAACAAUGAAUGUUGUAUUUUUACUUGUAACUGGGUAUUUCCAUAUAGUUUUCCUUCAGUAAAGGACUGCAGUACUUCCUCCACAGCUGGUUUUGUUGUGUAAUGGCCCCAUGAUACCUGUCACACCGCUGACAUCAUCACACAGCCACGUGCAUUUACGCCCGUGGGUACCCACUGCAGUAUCCUCCUGAACAAUAGGUGUCACCACUCAGGACACAUCAGCGCUGAUAGAGAAGAUUUUCAGAUCUUUUUCCACAAAGUCUCACAUAUCUCCCUCUGUGUAGACAGGACUAUUUAUACACACUGUGAUCUGUGAGCUUCUGUACUGAUAGAUCAUUGUGUCGGUUUGUCUUCACCCAGCUGCAGCAGCUGUGGCAAAAAGAUUGACGCACAACCAGAAGAAACAGGUUCUUGUGACAGCAGAUGUGACACCAAUUUAAUGUCAGCGUUGUUGUUCACUGGCAUUGGCGAGGCACCACACAGCCAGUGUAAUGAGGCCCUAACCGAAUAAGUGGGUUGUCAGAGUUCCCAAAAACUGGAACACUUAAAAGCAGACGCAGUGCCCUCCAGUUGCCACAGUGUUCAUGCCGGGAGCAAAGCUGGGUGAUGUAGUCAUCACUGUGGGUGUUGGGGUGAAUGGACAGGCUGACUUCAGGACAGCUGGCUGGCUGCUGCUUGUUUUUAGGGUCGCCAUAAUGAAGGAGAUCCUCUAAGUGCUUCGUUAGUUCUUCUUUGGAGGAACCGUUCUGUUCUAUCUGCUGAGGGUAGAAGAACUAUCUGAUGGCUGUUCCAGUCUGGACCACAGUACUGUAACCUGUUUAAUCCAAUAACACACCCACAAUGAAGCCAAACCUCCAGCUGCCCUGAACCUGAGCCACAGAGGAUUUGUUGGUCUGGAUGCUUACCUGCACCACGUGUCCUCCAUCCACCUCAACCUCCUCCCGCAGCAUGUGGAAAUUCAUGCCUUUCAAACAAAACCAGCUGAGUGACUCAGGGUCAUUUCUUGGAGGCAGAGCUGAAUAUUUUCCCGUCCUUAGUGGGUUUGAUGAUUGGGCUAAAUGCUGAGGCUGUGUUUGCUGUGAAGCUCUGAGUGUGUAGAUGAAUGUAGACAAAAUGCAUCAGUUGAGUUCUUUGAAACAAGCUUUUUAUCUGUGUGAGUAUAGAGGAUGAGUACGGUGAUUAAAGGUUAUUAAAUUAUGAAGUAGAAGCUGAUCAGUGUGGUUAUUUUCACAGGUAGUGGUGCUUCUAGUGCUUCUAGUGUAGUCAAACCUGUUUCUACUCAUUUAUCUGUCCACGAAUACUUGACAUAGAGUGUGUGUGGGGGUUCCAUUUUCCACUUUAUCAGCAUGACACAUUAAAGAGAAUGAGGCUGUUAGUCACAGAGGUCUGAAGCUGUAUUUCCUGUGCAUUUCUGAUGCUGCUUCUUAUCUGAAUCCUUCUGCUCUCCAAUUAAAUGAACCUUUGCUCCCA